AUGCCGAAUACUUUUCAGGGGAUUGUACAGUCCAUCAUCACAAUCCCCAAUAAUCCUAGAAAAAAAGCUACAACGCUUCAUGAAGCAAAUGGAAAAGAAUUGAUUUUAACCUUCAUGGGCAGGCAAUGCAUGAACCAGCAUGCUACUGGCGAUACAACAGAUAACAAGAAGACAAAGAAAAAAUUUCAUCGUUUUUGUAAGAACAGACUGAUUUUUAAGAAAUAA